AUGGGCACGAAUACCGCUACAGCAACAGCAGGACCCAGCAAACCUCCGCCACCGGCGGCGAAGUUCCGUCACGGUCUGCUACAGCUCAUGAUACACACCAUCGAUCCGAUGCACGACGGGAAAGUAGAUGAGAAGGCGACGCAGCUACACGCGAUAGCCUCUCUAAAGGUGCUGCUUGAGGCUACCAGGCCUACCGCGGGAGGCGCAGGGGCGGCUGCGGCAAGGCACUCGGCCGCUGCCACGCAAGCUAAGGAGACCCCGCUAGAUCUACCCAAUGGAGGACUAGCGGACGUCCAGUUAGAUGCUAUAGAAGAGGGUAGAGGUAGAAUACCGAUAAUGCAAACUAUUGUGAUAACGUUUGGUUUUUUUAUACUUUCCUAUCCCAUAUCUUCAUGAUAAAUUCUUUAUGAAGUAUGCAGAGAGGACUAAGCGCCACAAGAAAAGACUUUCUUCUUUGACAUUUAUAACUUUUUUCUAAGGUGCUCGCUGGAUUUUGGUUUCUAAAAUCCCUCUAUGAUAGAUAUAAAAUAUUUCUUUGCCUUUUGCGUCUUCUACAUCCUUUCUACUUCUCGGUGUGUUUAGUCAUUCUCUUGUCAGGAUUUUUGCUUGACACUAAUAUGCUUAAUUGUGUUUCAGAUAGGAGACUUGGAUGAAGACACGACACCGCUAGACAUGUCGUGGCCAUCCGGGUUCCGUAAGCGACUGACAUACCUGUUGGUCGCGCCAAUUGUCUUCCCACUAUGGAUCACCCUUCCGGACACGCGGACUCCGAGAGGGAAGAACCUGUUCCCUAUAACAUUUAUAGGAUCUAUCGUUUGGAUAGCGUUUUUCUCGUACCUGAUGGUUUGGUGGGCAAAUGUGGCCGGUGCGACGGCCCACGUGCCGCCCGAGGUCAUGGGGCUUACGCUGCUCGCUGCAGGGACAUCAGUGCCCGACCUCAUCACGUCUGUGAUAGUAGCCAGAAAGGGCUUCGGGGACAUGGCGGUCUCCAGCUCAGUUGGCAGCAACAUAUUCGAUGUAACCGUUGGGUUACCACUUCCUUGGCUGUUGUAUGGCCUGAUUAACGGGGAGCCAGUACAGGUGAACUCCCAAGGGAUGGUAUGCAGUAUAGUGCUGCUAUUCGCCAUGCUCCUCUUCGUGAUCCUCAGCAUCGCCUGCUUCCGGUGGAAAAUGAACAGGGGACUCGGUUUCACCAUGUUCAUGUUGUAUUUUGUUUUCGUCGCGGUCAGUUUAGGUCUCGAAUAUGGUUAUUUACACUGUCCUCAUGAAUAG